GGUUUCUCUAUAAAUACUAACCAAAAUCACUCGGAUUUAACUUUCAUUCUUCUUCUGUUUGCAGUGUUUGCUCUCAGAUAUGGAAACUCAACCUUCUUCCGAUAAUGGUUAUGCCGGGAACAACACUAGUUCUGAAGAAAAUUUAAAAAGGCAGAAAGAAAUUGAUGAAUGGCUGCCAAUUACAUCAUCAAGGAAUGCGAAAUGGUGGUAUUCAGCUUUCCACAAUGUGACAGCAAUGGUUGGAGCUGGUGUCCUCAGUCUCCCCUAUGCAUUAUCAGAACUUGGGUGGGGACCUGGUGUGGCUAUCCUAGUCCUAUCAUGGAUCAUAACUCUCUAUACUCUAUGGCAAAUGGUCGAGAUGCACGAGAUGGUUCCCGGAAAACGUUUCGACCGAUACCAUGAACUCGGCCAAUACGCCUUUGGCGAAAAACUCGGUCUCUACAUUGUGGUGCCACAACAACUUAUUGUUGAAGUUGGUGUCUGUAUAGUUUACAUGGUUACAGGCGGUAAAUCAUUGGAGAAGUUCCAUGACACUGUCUGCAGUACCUGCAAACAGAUAAAACUAACCUAUUUCAUCAUGAUUUUCGCCUCCGUUCACUUUGUGCUGUCUCACCUCCCCAACUUCAACUCCAUUUCUGGUGUCUCCUUGGCUGCAGCAGUCAUGUCCUUGAGUUACUCUACAAUUGCUUGGGGAGCUUCAGUGGCUAAGGGUGUUCAACCAGAGGUACAAUAUGGGUACAAAGCCAAGACUGCAGCAGGGACAGUGUUCAAUUUCUUCAGUGGUUUGGGAGAUAUAGCUUUUGCCUAUGCAGGCCACAAUGUGGUCUUGGAGAUCCAAGCUACAAUCCCAUCUACACCCGAAAAGCCCUCAAAAGGACCGAUGUGGAAAGGCGUUAUCGUUGCAUAUAUCGUCGUGGCCUUGUGCUACUUCCCUGUUGCCUUAAUUGGCUACUGGAUGUUCGGCAAUUCUAUCGAAGACAACAUUCUCAUCUCAUUGGAGAAACCAGCAUGGCUUAUUGCAAUGGCUAACAUAUUUGUAGUUAUUCACGUGAUUGGAAGCUACCAGAUCUAUGCAAUGCCGGUGUUCGACAUGAUCGAGACCGUACUAGUAAAGAAACUAAAUUUCAGACCCUCGACGACACUUCGAUUCUUUGUUCGAAACUUUUAUGUUGCAUUUACGAUGUUUAUUGCCAUUACCUUUCCCUUCUUUGGUGGUCUUCUCGGAUUUUUCGGAGGAUUUGCCUUUGCACCAACAACAUACUUUCUGCCUUGCAUCAUAUGGCUUGCCAUCUACAAACCAAAGAAAUUCGGACUAUCAUGGUGGACUAACUGGAUCUGCAUCGUAUUUGGUGUAUGCUUGAUGGUGCUGUCACCAAUUGGAGGGUUGAGACAGAUCAUACUGCAAGCCAAAGAAUAUGAAUUUUACUCUUAAAUUGAAGUAGGGGAUGUAGGAACAACUGAAGAAGCUGAUGAUGGUCCGUGGCAUUGAACAAGGGAACUGUGGCCGUUGAGAGCAAACUACAUGAGAAUUUACCACCUUUGCUUUUGCAUUUAUUAUUUUUAUACUUGUUUUCAAUAUAAAGUGAAUUGACCGAGUGUAUGUAUAUAUUUCUAUUAUUCAAUAAAAUAGUUAAAAAAUAUGUAAACUAUAAA